AGCAAAUGAAUUUCAGUGACAAGGAAGAACAACUUGCAAAAGUUUAAAAGAGUUCUUUUUCAGGAGUGAUUGAUUACUUUUACUUUAUACAUUUAUUUUUUAAGGAGGUGGUUCCGUGACUCUAUCAGUCCUAGCUCUGAAUAAACCAAAGUGAGUUUGAACUUGAUGUCAGUCACACUUCCCUGCAGCUCCCCAAGUGAACCAGCAUUUUUCUGAUUCUUCAGGUAUAGGUUUUGCAUAUAUCAGCAAGUGGCAUCUUACCAAAAGAAAUAUAAAUGUCAUCUAGGUGUGCGAAUUUGCCAUUCCCCCAUGCCACCAGUGACAUCACCCCGUAUUCAACCUUGAGCCACGUAAUUGGCCCCACAGUGGCUAUAAUUAAGGCAUUGUGAUGUAUCCAGAGUGCCAGGUUUCCACCCUGAUGUUGUGGGAGACCUUCAGAAAGUCCCCUCCUUGGACCCAGACUGGGUUGAAUGGUGCCCGACUCCCCAAAACACAUGUCCAUCUGGAACCUCAGAAUGUGACCUUGUUUGGAAAUAGGGUCUUCACAGAUGUAACCAGUUAAGAGGAGAUCCCCCAGGAUUGGGGUGGGCCCUAAAUCAAAUCAUGGGCAUCUUUGUAAGAAGAGGCGAGUCCCCUGGGAGAGGAGACAGCAGGUGAAGGCAGAGGCAGACUUGAGUGAUGUGUGCAGGAGCCCAAAGUUUCUGGCAGUCGCCAGAAGCGAGGAGGAAAUCAUGGAAGAGGUGCUCCCUCAGGACCUCUGGAAGGAAUCAACCCAACGGACACCUUGAUUUUGGACUUUCAGCUUCCAGAACUGUGACAGAAUACAUUCCUGUUGUUUUAAGCCACCUGGCCUAUGGUCAUUUGUUACCUGAGGAAACCAAUACAGGGCCCAAGACUCCCCCCGCCCCCCAUAUGUUGGCUUUUCCUCCUUCUGGGAGGCAGACGGGGUUAACAGUGUGGCCCUCAACUCUGAAGGAAAGGAACUUUAGGCCUCGGCAUGCCUCAUCCCAGAAAAUACAUUCUAUGUCCUCAGUAAGAAGGGAGGUGUGUUGUUGCUAAAUUCCCUGCUAAAAAAGUGCUGUGUUUAAAAAUUAGGCUGGCUUGCUUUUUUAAAGGAUGAGGAGAAACCUGCCAGUCUGUCCCCAGCAAGUUAAGGAAAGGCUGUGAUGGGAUGCCACUUCAGACACCAGCCACCCUCACUCCUUGCCCCACUCAUUCCCAUACCUGUUGCUGGAACAGGCACCCGGCUGUGCCCUCUGGGCCCGACUGUGGGCCACAGUAGACCCCCUGUGGCCAGGGGACCCCACCUGCCCUAGGGCCCAGGAGCAUUUGGGGCAGUUGAAGCUCCCGCCUUGAGCAGAGGCCUGGUGCUGCGGGUCACAUCUGAACGCUACUGGGCUCUGUAAAAUCAAUCAAUCAAUCAAAUUACCCCCCACCAAAGAAAGUCUAAAAAGUAAAAAUAAAAAAUAAAAUAAACUAUAUAAAAAAAAAGAAUCAAAAUAUAGUGGCCCACCCUAAAUCACUCGGGUUUAAAAAACAUGCAGACGACUGCUUCAGGGGGUGGGAGGCGCUGUGUGUACCUGUCUCGGGUCACAGGUGCACAGACACUGGGGAGCCGUGCUGGCCCCAGCAGUCACCUGCAGGGGGAUUGGCCCUAUGAGUGUGGGGGAGGUAAUGUUUUGUGUCUCAGCAGGUAAAUCAUUCUCUGCUUCACAGGUACAGAGAUCUCGGCUGCAACCUUUAUGAAGUUACAUGAAAUAGUGUCCACUGAGUUCAGUAAUUAGGUCUUCUUUUCAACAUGUCCACAUGCCAAAAAUAUGUAAAACAGCCACCGCAGACCCACUGUGGUGAUCCAGUGAAGGCGCACAGUUGGUGCACUUAACCGUGGGCUGCGCGCAAAAGGGUGCCUUUUGGAUACUGAGGGGUGGGCUUUCGCAUCUGGUAAAUCAAAUACAAUUCGUUUCGCUGGCUCCCACACUUGUGUCCGGCCGCUGAUCCUUAUCCGGGCUCUAGAAAACCCGAUGCCAGUCUCCUCUUCCUGGUCUUCCUCACCCGCAGGUUGGUGGACAAUUUCUGCGUCUGCGAAGGGUGCAGUGUGCCUCGCUGCCUCAUGUACGAGAUGUACGUGGAGACCUACGGGCAGGAUGCUCAGAACCAAGUCAACCCUGCCAUGUUCGGAAAGCUUGUGCACUUGGUUUUUCCUGAUCUUGGUACCCGGAGGCUGGGCACGAGAGGAAGUGCCAGGUAUCACUACAAUGGAAUCUGUAUCAAGAAAAGCUCGUUCUUCUACGCCCAGUAUUGCUACCUUCUGGGUGAAAAACGGUAUCACAGUGGAGACAUCGCUGCCUUUGAAAAAUCUACUAAUUAUAACAGCAUUCUCCAAGAAGAAGGAGCAUGUGACAGUCAUUCACCGAUAAGGAUGGACCCCGCUGGACCGCCUCUGUCUGAGUUCAGGAGAUGCCCAUUCUGGGAGCAAGCGCUGGCCAAGAAGUACUCCUGCACAACAGUGGCCUUUCUUGCUGACAAAUACUGUGGCUACUGUCAAGACGUUUUACAAAACGUGAGGAACCAAGACCUCGAGAAGGUGGAGGACUCACUCACUUCCUUCUGGAAGUCCCUGCAGCAGGACACGGUCAUGCUUAUGUCACUGCCCGACGUGUGCCAGCUCUUCAAGUGCUAUGAUGUGCAGCUGUACAAGGGGAUUGAGGACGUGCUCCUGCGUGACUUUCUGGAAGAUGUGUCCCUUCAGUACCUGAAAUCUGUCCGGUUAUUUAGCAAGAAGUUUAAGCUGUGGCUUCUCACGGCUCUGGAAGGUUUCCCAGCCCUCUUACAGAUCUCCAAACUCAAAGAUGUUACCGUGUUUGUCAAAAGACUGGGAAGAAAGAUCUAUCUUUCCAACAUGGCCAAGACCAUGAGAAUAGUGCUGAAAAGCAGCUGGCGGGCCAGCACCCUGAAGUCGGACCUCCACGCCAUCAUCUGUCAGGGCACUUGGGAUGUUCUCGAGACGGCCCCGCAGGGGAGCUGGAGCAGCGCGGAUGAUCCGGAGGAGAACACGGAGAUGAAAUGUUUGAGCAGUUUAAUUUCUUUGCUGGGGACAUCCGCAGACCUCAGCGUGUUCCUGAAUUGUCUGUCUGCAAAUCUCCAAGCACGGGUCUUCCAGCCAAGCAGAAGCAGAGAGGAGUUUAUGAGACUGGCUGCCACUUUCCAGCUGAGAUGGAAUUUCCUCCUCACAGCCGUGAGCAGAGCCAUGACCCUCUGCCACAGGGACAGCUUCGGCUCCUGGCACCUGUUUCAUUUGCUGCUUUUGGAAUACAUGAUUCACAUAAUUCAGUCGUGCCUAGAAAAGGAAGAGGAGGACAAGGACAUGGGAAGUCUCAAGGACGUGCUACCGGAUGACCAGCCUCCUGUCCCACCAGACCAGGAGCCCUUCCACCGUCCAGAUGGCUCACCUGCUCAGGAGCCUGAAGUCCUGAGUGCGGACCUCCCCCAGGUGACACUGAGACACAGGAGCCAGGACGGAUGUGACCCAGCUGGGAACAGCGUGGUGGUCAGGGUCCCGGGCUUCCUGGUGGACACCACCACCAGCAAUAAGCUCAUCCAGAUAUUGUUGGAAGAUAAGGCCACGGAAAGCACCAUCAAACUCAGCCUUCCUCUGGGACAGGAAACCCUCAUCACCCUGAACGAUGGACAGAAAUUUGUGAUCCACAUAUCAGAUGUGUCCUAGUGUGUGAAAAUAUUUAUUUUAGGGAAAGUGAUGCUAAUGUGUAAAAUUAGUUAUUUCACUAGGACACAAGGAAACAGAUUUUCUAUUCUUAAAAAUGUAUUAAGUGCUGAAGCUUUUGUAUUGAUGAGAAGGAAGAUUUUAGGUGCAUAAUGUAGCACUAUUUUAUGCUUAUAUGUGUUUCAAGGAGUUGGUUUUGAUGACUCAUAUAUAAACUGAUUCAGAGAAUAA